AUGCGUGCAACUAUCAUCCUUCCCAGGAACGAGUGGGAUGGGGUCUUAUCGGCGCCCCCAACCCAGGACGAAGUUCGACUACAGAGCAUCGUCAUCCUCGUCGUUUCAAUUGUUUCGAUUCUUGGCGCAGGAUGGAUCAUGCUCAGUUUCUGGCUGUUUCCAAAUCUGCGCUCAUUCCGCCAUCGUCUUAUUCUUGGCCUGGCCAUGAGCGACCUCAUCAUGGCAAUCAACUUCGUCUGCUCUACUGCACUGAAUAUAUCCGGUCGACCUAUUGGUGCACCCGAGAAUGCCACCUUCUGUAGCUACAACGGCUUCAUGACGCAGGUCUUCGUUAUUCAAACCGACUAUUGGGUUCUCACUAUUGCCGUUUGCACAUAUUUCAUCCUUGCUGGCCACAAGAGACAAUCGACGUGGAUUCAAAACCAUGAAUAUCUUAUCUGGUCACUCCCCUGGUUUUUCUCGACUAUUUGGGCGCUCAUCGGCCUCGUCAAAGACGCAUACCGCGACAUAGGCGCUUGGUGCUGGUUCGGAUCCGAUCGGACUCGUCUACUGGUCAACUUCGUCCCACGAUGGGUCAUCAUAGCCACUAUGUUUGUCCUAUAUGCCUAUCUCUACGUCGUUCUUUACAGAGCACAUAAUGAACUGAGCUCGGUGGUGGACGAGGUGUCCGGGCACACGACCCCUGUCAGAAGCGUUGAUACCAGCUUUCAAGAUGACAGCUUUCGUGAUUGCCCGCUUGAUGCUGUUGUACCCUCUCGCAUACGCCGUCAUCUGGUCACUUCCAACGGCGAUUAG